AAAGGCAACACUCCCGACCAAAUCAGCCGAUUCAAAGGCCUGGCUCAGCUGUACGUCAAGACUAAACACCCAGCUUCUACCUUUCAAUUUAAUGUCCUGUAGCUUUAUUACUCCGCCAUGAGAUUGUUGAUGGUAAUAACCGUGAUGUUCCUUGUGAGUCAGUGCCAAGGGGGACUAUUUUCAUGGCUGUUCAAGAAGAAGAAAGACGAGGAGAAGCAGAGCAAGACAGCGCACAGUUCAAAUGGACAUGUGGAAGACCCUGCAGAAGCAAAGGAAAUUGCUACAACUGCUAAAAUUCCAUUUGAGAUCAAGUCUUCAGAUGAGAAGUUUUUGAAGGAGGCCACAGAACUUGGCACCAUCAAACUGUCAGAGUUGGAUGUGUGUCACCAUAAGGUCAUCCUUGCUCUUGAGAAGUCUUGUGGAGAGCUGAAUGAAGAGGACCUGUCCAAAGUUGCUGUGAAUCUUCUGAACUGUCAGUCUGCAGUUGAAAAUCGAGCAGUGUUCCACUGCACAAGUGAUAUGUCCCUUUCUGAUUGCACUAGGGACAUGGACUCCAACACCUGGAACGCCUACCACAUCGUGUCUAACCGUGCCCGAGCUGUGUGUUAUGCAUCCCGGCAGGAACAGUUCGGAGCCAAGACUCAGAUGGCUGUGAAUGUUUUGAUGCAGUCUGCUGAGGAACAGAUAAAGUCCAUGAGUGAUUUGCAGGAGGGUCAGAUGGCACUGGGGAAAGCUACAUCUGAAACUCUUGACACCCUCAGCCAGGGUCAUGAGCAUCUAAAGCAGCAGCAGCAGCAGCUCUCCACAGCCCAUCAGCAUGUCCACAGCUACAUUUCACUUAAUCUGAGGGAGCUUUCAAGAGAGAAGAAGCUGAUUGCAUCCGGACAGAGGGAACUUGCUCUUAUAACAGAAUCAAUCAAACGGAAAAUUGAGGAAGCAAAGGAGCAGCUGAUGAGCCAAGAAGACAAGCAGAGAGCUGGCCAUGAGAUGAUUCUCCAGGAUCUCUCCAGGAUACAGGACAAUGCACUCAAGAUCUGGCAAAAGCUUAAUGCCAGCACACAAAACAUACUGCAUGCCCAUGAAGAAACAGUGCGGCAAUACAGCCGCCUGACUGACGACAUGCAGCGGAUGAACGCCACAGUGUACCACCUGAUGGAUAUGCUGCAGUCCACCAGGCAGGGGGUGGAGGACCAGCUGUCGUGGAUCACCUCCCUGGUUGGCGGCACAGACAACACUGUGCAGAAGGUGUACACUUGUGUCCUCCACGCUGGCUAUUUCUUGGUGGGAAUGAUCUCGGCUACUUUCCUGCAGGUGCCGUACUUGACCCGCGUGGCCCUGGUGGUUCUGGUGCCACUCAAUGCUUUCUCGGAGAUCAAACAUGAAACAAGUCUGCAGUUCUCCACACUCACCACCGUCUUAGCUCUCUGUAUCAUUGUGAACCUGGUAUUCUCCUGCUUGUGGAGUUUGUAUAGACAUCAUAAGAAGUCCAAGUGUGAGCAGAACUCCUUCCUUCACCUUACUGGAAGUGUUGUGGAGAGGACACAGGAACUGGAUCAGCACUCAUCACUAGGAUCUGCCAACACCUCCUCCUCAUCCCAGUCCUCAUCAUCAUUACUAAAGGAGUGUGAUUUCUCCAGUGACGAAGAGGAACCUUCACCUGUUGCACCAUCUAGCAUCUCCUUUCUGAGAAGAAGGGUGUUUGGCAGCACAUUUAGUGGAGGUAAAGCAGGCACACUUGAAGCACAUAAGGAAGUUGACAACAUAGUACAAGACUCAGACCCAGAAUCAGAAAAUAUCACACCAGAGAAGAAUGGAGAGCCAGACAUAACUGCAAAGGCCUUGUCCAAUGUUCGCUAUCGUCUUCUUGACCACCUCAACACUAGCCAGCCCAAGACAUUUCACCACAAUGUAUCGGUCAACAGUGGAAACAUAACCUCAAGUAGUCCCUUGAAAGAAGCUGUAUUGAAUAGAAGCACUGUGUCAUCAAAAAGCCUCACGCCACGGAAACUCUGCGCUUCUGUUUGUAAAAAUGGACAGUUGUGUCGCAACACAGUCUCAGGAGAAGGUGUGUUUUGCCACAAACACGGUGGAAGCUCCCGGGAGAGCACCCCUAUAUCCAGGAGGACCUCGCGGAAAAACACUCCUCUCCGUAGUUGAUGGCAGUCAUGAAGUCAGAAGCUGGUGCUAUUAGUGAAGCAACUUGUGUAUUUUAAGGAUUUUUAAAUGUAAGUUGAACUGGGAUAAAGAAAUGUUGAAUAAGUACCCUUUUUAAACUGACUUUAUAGGCUUCUUUUUUUUUUUUCUUUUUUCCAAUGUCUUGUGUAUUUAUGUUUUCUGGAAAGGAAAAGUGGCUGCAUUUGCUUUCCAACAUUUUGUUAGAUAAGAAAUUGACAAGAAGAAUUAUAUAUGUACACACCAUGAUGUGAAAUACUGUAUUUUUUUGUAUGUGAAACCUUGAUGUGAUUUGAGUUCUUUUCCUUUAUUGCCCCUCAAUGGUCUCAGAUUGAGGGGUUGACUUGACACUGCAAGGUGUGAUUUCCUGUCCUGGCUCCCUCUGUCCAGAGAAAGUGUCAUACUGUCUUGCUUCUGCCUUGUUGGGUGCCUUUUAAUGUAAUCCCUAAUUGUCAAAAAGUUCCUUUUGAUAGUUAGAUUUACAAAGCUCUUGAGAUAGUGAAUUAUACAUUCCAGGUGAUUGAUAUAUACAUAUAUAUAUAUAUAUAUAUAUAUAUAUAUAUAUAUAUAUAUAUAUAUAUAUAUAUAUAUAUAUAUAUAUAUAUAUAUAUAUAUAUAUAUAUAUAUAUAUAUAUAUAUAUAUAAUAUAUAUAAAGAAUAUGCACUGUGAAGUCAUGUCCUUUUGAGAUGUGUCAUCCAAGUUUUAUAUGCAGUAAAAGAUCAAUAAAGAUGAUUGCCUUUGU